CUGGAGACGAUGAUUUUAUUUAAAGACUUUCUUUUAAGAAAACGCGAAAAGAUACAAUGGGACAACAAAUGAAGUACACCUUUACAGAAAAAUAAAAAAAAAUAAUAAAAAUUAAAACAUGAAAAUCGACUUUGUGAAGAAACGAUUAUCCAUCGUUUUUCGUAAAUUAGGAAGAUUAGUUGGACUUCAUCCGUACUACUUUAUCAUUUUUCCUAUUUUAAUAUCAGCGACAUUUUCAGCAUUCAUAGUCAAUAUAAACACUAUCUCAAACACAAGCGAACUGGCAUUUGCAGAUUCAGGAAAAGUCUAUAAUACUAAGAAGUUCAUUGACGAAAACUUUCCUUUUAAUACAUCGAAAUUCCUUGAUCCAACAAGUUUUACAGACGUACCAAAAUGUGUGUUUGUGAUAUUUACAAAGAAAGGUGGUGGAGAUAUGCUCGAAAAAGAUGUGCUACUGGAAAUAAGUUUGGCAGAUCAGUUUAUUAAGAAUAUAACAAUUAACGAUAAAGGAAAAAAAAUUCGAUAUUCAGAUAUUUGUGCACGUGUAGGAGAAAAAUGUUUUGAAAAUCCGAUUAUAGAAAUAUUGCCCGAAAUUGACAAUAUAGUGCAGCGAAAGAAGAAAUUAAAGUAUCCGUUCGAGAUAGAUCCGCUGACAUACUCUUAUCAAAUUAAUUCUCUCAACUUUGGGGGUGUAAUCGAAGACGAGAACGAUGUGAUUCAAACAGUUAAUGCCAUUAGAAUAAUCUAUUUGACAGACGAGAGCGACAAGAAAAUACACAAUGUGAUAGAAAGAUGGCGAACAGAAGUUUAUAAUCGAAUAAGAAAUUAUCAAUUUAAACAUAUUCUUUGUUUCAUUGAUUACUACUGGUCAAUGGAACAACGAAAUGUGCAAUUAGUGGAAAAUAUAAAACCGAUGAUCGGUGCACAAGUUGCAUUUAUUUCUGUUUUUACUAUUGUCACGUGUAUGAGCAACAAUUGGGCAAAAAGCAAGCCUUUUCUUGGUGUUGCAAGUGUCGUAUCGGCUGGUCUGGCCGUGGUCACCUCUUUCGGAUUCAUGUCAGUUGUCGGUGUUCAAAAUAGUAUUUGGAACAUCACCAUUCCGUUCUUAGUUCUCGUGACAGAGAUCGACGAUGCCUUCGUAUUGAUGGCGUGUUGGAGAAUUUCAAACUCCCAGCAUAAAGUACACAAACGUAUGGAAGAAACAUUGGGGGAAGCAGGAAUUUCUAUAACGUUAACAUCGUUGACUAAUCUGUUUUCUUAUUGCAUUGGAAUGACGGCAUCUUUUCCUCUUAUAAGAAUGUUUUGUUAUUAUUCGGCAACCAGCGUAGUGUUUACAUUUUUGUAUCAAAUAACAUUUUAUGCAGGUUGCAUGGCAUUAUCAGGAUACAAAGAAGAAAAUCAACAACAAACAUUUCGUCUUAAUUUCAGAGAUAUCGAAUAUUCUUCUACAGAAGAAGAAACGUCUACUGAUGAGCCAACAAUGGCAUAUUUUAGGGACAAGUUGGGAAAAAUUCUAUCUAUGAAUGUAAUGAAGAUAACAGUUAUCAUCGUUUACUUUUUGAAUUUAUCAUUUGGAAUAUGGGGAGCUCUAACUAUAAAACACGGUAUAGAUUUUACUAAGUUAUAUCCAGAAGAAUCGGUAAUAACACAGGGUAUAAGAUUAUAUUUUAAUAGUUUCGGCCGAUAUACGUUACCUUACCAUAUAGUAAUUAACAGCAAACUUGAUUAUUCAGAUUUAGAUGUACAAAAUUCAGUAGACGAACUACUCAACAAAUUCGAAAGUCUUCCGUACAUUGCAGAUUCUCGAUUUACAGUAUCUUGGUUGAAAUAUUACAAAGAAUUCCAAAAUCACCCACUAGCAAAGUAUUCAUUACGAGGAUACAACAUGUCGGUUAAACAAGAUUUUCUGGAUGGACUUCGCGAUGUUUUCCUGAAAUUUAAAUCAGCAGAACAAUUCACAGACGAUAUCGCCUUCAAUUCUGAUGGAUCCGAUAUUAUAAGUAGCAGAUUUCAUAUCUUUCUAAAUGACACAUUAACUGCAGAAGCUGAAAUAGAAAUGUUAAAAACACUGUGGAAAAUUGCUGACGAAUUCGAUUUUCCUGUUCUUGUUCAUGCAAUAAUCGCACCUCAGUACGAACAAGGAAUUAUAAUUGGACGUACAAUUCAGGAUUUAUUUUGGAUCACUUCACUUUUGGUUAUGAUUCUUUUCGUGGUUAUCAUACCAAACAUUGUCGUUUCUGUUCUCGUUGCAAUAUCGGUAACAUCCACCAUUGUAGAAACAUUAGGAUACAUGUCUCUUUGGGGUAUAAACAUGGACAUUUUAUCUAUGAUGAGUCUGAUAUUAUGUGUCGGAUUCUGCGUCAAUUAUCCGGCACACAUAUCUUACGCGUAUAUUUGUUCUUCAUAUCAAACCCCUAAUGAAAAGAUGAAAGACAGUUUGUAUCGUAUCGGCUAUCCAAUAUGUCAAGGAUCUCUGUCAACCAUUUUAGGAAUUUUAUUUGUAUAUAGAGAUAUCUAUGCUUCAAUCAUAUUAGUGAAAAUUGUGUUUCUUAUUGCAUUAGAAACUGCAUUUCAUGCAUUGAUUUUUGUUCCUGUUGUUCUUUCUUUAAUUUUUUCAAUAUUCUUUAAAGCUAAUAACAAAAUAUAGAGCCAGAAGUAAAGAAAAAUGU